AUGGCGCUCAAGUUUCUGAGUGCGCAUACCUCUCACUCAGGCUCAAGUAGCAGCGUCAAACACUUCGAUAUCCGCCUGGACAAUGACUACAUCGUGUUUCGGGGCAAUGAAGACGAGGCUGCAAGUGCCCAACUGUCGGGGUCUCUGGUUCUGUGCCUCACUGAACCUAUGACUAUCCACCACGUCGACUUGACUCUGAGUGGAAUACUACAUAUGUCAUGGCAGACUACUUCCACAUCCUCCAUGUCAGGCAGGCGUACCACUUACAAGGAGAAGACCUUUUUCGAGAAGAAUUGGACGUUUCGAGACCCUGGGAAAGGCAAGACCGAAAUUUUACAACCCGACAACUACGAGUGGCCAUUCCAAUGCAUCCUCGAGGGUUCUCUGCCCGAAAGUGUGGAAGGUCUGAAGGAUGCGUGGAUUAUCUACCGCUUGAAGGCUGAAAUCAGUCGCAAGAGGGGGAGGGACAUUGUCGUCCGCAAACCUCUGCGCAUCGUCCGCACUUUGGAUUCGAAUGCCUUGGAACUUUCCCACGCAAUGUCUGUCGAAAAUAUAUGGCCGAAUAAAAUCGAAUACUCGAUUAGCAUCCCCAACAAGGCGGUCGCCUUUGGGUCAUUUGUUCAAGUUGACUUCAAAUUAAUAUCUCUCUUGAAAGGUCUGGUGAUCGGCAAUGUCUCUACGCAGGUCAAAGAAGAGCAAGAGUUUGUCGUUGAUCCAGAAUGGGGAAUAUCCGCUCUGAACAAUGGCCUGACCAAGAUGGACAGAGUCAUUGCGUCGGAUCUUUACAAGGUCGAGCCUGAAAAGGAUGAGCAAAUCAUCGACGAAGUUGCCGAAGGCUAUCAAUUUUCUCGAUAUCUUGAGUUGCCCAAAUCUCUGAACCAAUGCUUACAGGACUGUAAUGUCAGAGGGAUCAAGGUUCGACAUAAAGUGAAAUUUAAUGUUCAGUUACACAACCCCGACGGCCACAUUUCUGAACUACGCGCCAACCUCCCGGUUUCGUUUUACAUAUCUCCCAGUCUACCUAUCAACGAAAACAACGAUCUGGUUGACCAAUCGCCUCAAGCCGGGAGGGCAGCUAUUGCUAACGAUUUGGCCAAUGCAGCGCCACCCGUGUACGGGAAGCAUACUUUGGAUGUCUUAUAUUCCGAUGUGGAUGGCUAUCGAACACCUGGAACCGCCCUGUCUACUCCUGGGACUCCGUACCUCCACAGUCGCCAUGCGUCCCAGGAAAACCUCGCGAGUCUGGCAGCAAUGGCCAAUGGAAACUACGUGUCACCAAUAGCUCUUCAGAGCAGGCUCCAGGAUCUUCGAGUGGGCGACUCCUUCAUCCAAGAUCUGCGUGGCAACGAAGACGGUGAAAUAAGUAAUCUAUCGCUACCAGCCGAUAGACGAUCUAGGCGGAACUCGUCGUCUACGACCAUGCCUGAAGAUUAUUUCGCACCACAUAGUGCAUCGGCUCCCAGCUCGUAUCCACGAAUUAGUCCUAUUGAUCAAGGUGCGUCUCCGGGCGGUCCUUCCCAUACACCUAGUCAGCCAGGCAGCCUUAUGAUUUCGCGCCGGACUUCUGAAGAAGAAGAAGAUGGUCACCAAUCUGGCACUAGGACGCCAUUCCCUCAGUAUGACCAUAUGGAGGAUCUGGCUCGCGUUCCUUCAUACACAACAGCAGUCAAGACACCUGCCCCGAGGAAGCAAUUUGAUCCGUCGAUAUCCCUGCCGACCUACGGAGCUGCUGUUACGGACCCCAGCCCUCCGCCGUUAGCAGAGCCUCCGACCGCCCACCUUAGAACUUCGCCAAGGUUACCGGGCACCAUAACAGCGACCGCAAAUUCACCGGAUUCACCCGUCAAUGGCGUUCCAAGAACGUCAAUAUCUCACCGAACUGUGAGUUCGAUCCAAGAUGACGAGAGAAGGUUGCGGAUGCUGCAACUGCGAGGGCGGUAG